GGAGGGCGUGGCCUGAGGGGGCGUGGCCGGGCGAGGCUAUAAGAGGGGCGGCGGGGCCGGGCGCGCUCAGUCGGUGAAGCCCCCGGGCCGAGCGCGGAGCUCCGGUGUCGCCCCAGCCCAGCCGCGCCCCGUGCUCAGGUGUGUGGUGAGGUGAGAGCUGUUGAGCAAUGGCCUCCAAGAAGCUUUGGUGUGCCCUAGCCCUGGGAUUUCUGCUGCCUUUCUCUUGUGCCCACACGGACUUCUUCACUUCCAUUGGUCAUAUGACAGACUUAAUUAAUACAGAAAAAGACCUGGUUGUGUCACUCAAAGAUUACAUUAAGGCAGAGGAAAGCAAGCUGGAGCAGAUCAAAAAAUGGGCAGAGAAGUUGGAUCAGCUGACAGCUACUGCCACAAAAGACCCUGAGGGGUUUUUGGGCCAUCCUGUGAAUGCAUUCAAGCUGAUGAAAAGGCUCAACACAGAGUGGGGUGAGCUGGAGAGCCUGGUCCUCAAGGACAUGUCAGAUGGCUUUAUCUCCAACAUGACAAUCCAGAGGCAGUUCUUCCCCAACGAUGAGGAUCAGACUGGGGCAGCCAAGGCCCUCCUGAGGCUCCAGGACACCUACAACCUGGACACAGACACCCUCUCCAGAGGGAACCUGCCAGGUGUGAAGCACAAAUCCUUCCUAACAGCUGAAGAUUGCUUUGAGCUGGGCAAGAUUGCCUACACAGAGGCUGACUACUACCACACAGAGCUGUGGAUGGAGCAAGCCCUGAAGCAGCUGGAUGAGGGAGAAGUGUCCUCUGCAGACAAAGUCUACAUCCUGGACUACCUGAGCUAUGCUGUGUACCAGCAGGGGGACCUGGGCAAGGCCAUGGCGCUCACCAGGCGCCUCCUGGAGCUGGAUCCUGAACAUCAAAGAGCAAACGGGAACAUGAAAUACUUUGAAUACAUCAUGGCUAAAGAAAAAGAAGCAAACAAGUCCAGCACGGAUUCAGAAGAGCAGCAGGAGAAGGAAACUGAGGUUAAGAAAAAGGAUUACCUGCCCGAGAGAAGGAAGUACGAAAUGCUGUGCCGUGGGGAGGGGCUCAAAAUGACUCCCCGCAGACAGAAGAGGCUCUUCUGCCGCUACUACGACGGGAACAGGAACCCCAGGUACAUCCUGGGCCCUGUCAAGCAGGAGGACGAGUGGGACAAGCCCCGCAUCGUUCGCUUCCUGGACAUCAUCUCCGACGAAGAGAUCGAGACCGUCAAGGAGCUGGCAAAGCCCAGGCUGAGCCGUGCUACUGUUCAUGACCCUGAGACUGGGAAACUGACCACAGCACAUUACAGAGUCUCUAAGAGCGCGUGGCUCUCGGGGUACGAGAGCCCGGUGGUGUCCCGCAUCAACACCCGGAUCCAGGACCUCACAGGGCUGGAUGUCUCCACAGCAGAGGAGCUGCAGGUGGCAAAUUAUGGAGUGGGAGGACAGUAUGAGCCCCACUUUGACUUUGCACGGAAAGAUGAGCCAGAUGCUUUUAAAGAAUUGGGAACAGGCAACAGAAUUGCUACUUGGUUGUUUUAUAUGAGUGAUGUGUCAGCAGGGGGAGCCACGGUCUUCCCUGAAGUGGGAGCCAGCGUUUGGCCCAGAAAGGGAACAGCUGUGUUCUGGUACAAUCUCUUCCCGAGUGGAGAAGGCGAUUACAGCACGCGGCACGCGGCCUGCCCGGUGCUAGUGGGAAAUAAAUGGGUCUCCAAUAAGUGGCUCCACGAGCGGGGGCAGGAGUUCCGCCGGCCGUGCACGCUGUCGGAGCUGGAAUGAGGCAGCCUGGGCUCCUGGGUGCUCAGGGUGUGGGGAAUGCACACCCUGCCAGUUUACAGUGACUAACAAACACUCCACUACAGGUUCACCCCGCCCAGCUCAGCUGUGGACAGGACAAACGUGCUUUUGGUUCCCUCCAAAUCCCCCCCGAGGUUUAUCAACAGAAAAUAUCGAGGUCGACAAGUAUUAAUGAAAAAAAAAAGGACAAAAUACAGAUAAAUACAGAUGAGGGCCACAACUUACAGUGGUGUUGUGUGUGGUGUUCCUGUCACCAUCAUCCCUCUGAGCAGUGUGGGCAGCCUGGGGUUGUCUGGAGUCUUCCUCACAUCUGCCAGGCUUAGGGCAGGAUCAUUGCCUGGGAGGGCUCCCUUCCAAGGAAUGCUGAAUUAAACCCAUUCCUAUUCCUCACUUCCCAGACACUUGACUCUUUGCUUUCCUAGAGUGCCUGACCACUGCAGGCUUACUGUGCUGGAAAACAGGUUGUUAGCAUGUUUUAGCCUGGUUUUCCACUUUCACAAAAGCCCCACUUUUUAAACUUGUCUUCCUUCUCAGCCUUUGUGGGGAAUUUGGCUCUUAACCUUGGCCACAUGAGCCAGCAGUUCCACAGGCAGAGUCAGGAUGCUUCCACAGUGUCAGAGCAGCCUGGGAACACCCACAGCCCAUCUCCCCUCCUCUUCUGCAAUGUUUGUCCACAAGAACAAAUGCUGCUUUUGUUCUGUCCUGGCAGCCAGCUCUUCCCUCUGCUCCUCGGGCAGCAGGGAUGGGGAUGUUCCCAUCUUCAUUAAUCAAAAUUGUCGUGCCUUAGGACACUGGAAUUUCAAAUUGGUUCUGAGACUUCAGGUGCUGAGGUAACACAGAGUCCUCACAGAAUGCUACCUGCCCUCAUCCUCCUCCCAGCUCUUGAGGUUUCAGGAGAAACUCUUAGCCUAUUUAUAGUCCUGAACCUUUUUUAGAUGCAGGCUCACUUUCCUGAACCCUUUCCCUUCCACAGCAGGAUUUUUAGCAAAAUAUCCAAAUAUCUCACUAGCAUGAGGACAAAAGUCAAAGGAAGCUGCACCUGCCUCUACCUAAACAGUCCAAUUUUCUGGAUGAUGAUGAUUUUACUGAUUUAGGGGUCAAGCCUGAAGUCUUUACCAAGGGAAAAAUUCCAAUUUUGGUUAAUUGGAUUUUCUGCCUCAAUAAAAUCUUGACAGUUGAGCCAAAACGUACAAAACCUAUUGUUAAAUGUGCUAGAAAUACCUCUGGAUUACUGGGAAUGCAGUUUAAGGUACUAUAGUUGGAGGAACUGCAUACUUUCAGAAGACACUUUAAAAGGUCUUUGCUGGAAAAGAAUUGUUAGAUUUCUACUGAGCCUGGUAGCAGUGGGACCCACAGAACUGCCCCUCCUUAGCCCUGCACCUCCCUGAAUUUUGCCUGGCUUUUGGCAGCUGGAAAACAAGGUCCAUCCAUGAAGUGAGAACACAAAGUCUGCACAGUCCCACCUCCUAUUUGUCCUGCUCAUUUACCAAGAGCAGGAGCUGAUCUAAAUAAAUUCACCCCAGAACUGAAUUAGCAGAGCUGAUCUGUGAGCACCAAUUUGUAAUAAUUAAAAAAAAAACCCAGACCUGCAAGAUUUGUGCUUACCUGAGUUUUCUCACUUUUUCAUCUGUUGCUCUUCCUAUCCAUGGUUCUCUCUUUUCCCUUUCCCUUCUCUUAGUUUGUUAAGCUCCAAAAAGGUAACCAUGGCUGCAGUACCUCCCACCAUGUCCCUGCAAGCACAGGGGACAAGGAACAGUGGGAACAGUUGGGAAUCCUGCCUUUGGGGCAUCCAGAAAUGCUGGUAGGACAGCCAGUCCUACCUAGUAAAGGAGCACAAAACAAAAUCCCUGUACUGCCAUCAGGAACAGGUGUGGAAAACACCUGCAUUUGCUCUUGGUGUCCCAUUUCUGUUCAACAUUCACCAAAGCAUGAAAAAAAGCCAGAGUUGGGAAAUUUUGUUCAGCAGUUCCCUCCCUCACCUCAAUAGCAGUGAGUGCUUGCAGUGUUAAACAGCAUCAGUCUCAGGCAUUGCUUGGGGAGUACAAAUGUUCUGGUGCACGACUUUUUAAAGCAGUGAACCACUCACAGAUAAUUCUUCCAGAAAGAAUUUUUUACUUUUGACAGUAGAAAAUUUUACUUGGUUAAAGGAGAAAAAAAAGAAAUCUCUCAAAAUUAAAUCUCCAGUCUGCUGGGACACAUCAGGAAUGUUCCAGAUUAUGACAACAGAGUUGGCUUAGAUUUUUAAACUGCAGACAAUCCUUUUUUCCUCUCCCUCCACUGCAGUGGUGUCCAUGUAUCCAAUGCUGACUGUGUAAGGGAUUACACUGGUGCUGCUGCUUCUGCCUUAUCCCAUCAUUUCUCAGAGGGCUGUUGGAUCCCCAUCGUGGCUCCUGUGUGAAUCUAGUUUUGUAUUAAACAUGAUUGAAAACUGUCUGGGCUCACAGUGACUGACAACUGCCUUACUGUUACCUUUUUUUGUAAUAAAAUUUUUAAUGUAAAAAAAAAAAGUGAACAGGCUUAAAAUAAAAGCCACUGCCAUUAGCAGUGAGAAAUCCUCCACA